GGCUGGCGCUACAUGCAUCCAAAUCGGGUUAGGGCACGAAUUUAUACGAGAAUCAAGAUAUCCAUCAGGUUUCGACUAACAGCACAUCGUCCUCCCCUGCUUAUCCUUCCAGUAACCACAAAUUUCUGCUACUUACACAAUGAGCAAGCAUAACACCCCAUCAUUGGGUCCGGCUGUCUACGACUCUUUGCCUCCCCCCUACUCAGAACAUGAUCACAGCACGGUAUCUACAGAGCAGGCCCCGCAAUAUGAGGCCCCCCAUUUCAAUAGCUCGACCAGUGACUCAACAAGAUUGCAAGCUGCAACUAGCAAAUUCCCACCGGCCAUGAAUGGCUACAUGCCAAUGAAAUUCACUCCGGAGUUGCAUUUGGGGCCAUCGGCAUCAGAGAAGCUGUACUUUAUGUCGAUAGAUGUUCAGCACCGUAAGAGCAUACAGACGAUGAUCCUUCACGACGGGCCGACCGAUAAGCAUCCACCUCUGGCAUCACUGCAGAGUGACCCAUAUCUCCGAGAAAAGCCAAUCUCGGUGACCUUUGCAUCGCAUGGCGAGCUUCAAGAAAACUCUAUUGUAGAACCAUUAGAGGGUGUCAAGCCAUACAAACGCAUGAGCCCGACAUUCUCGAUCGCGGUUGGCGGCAGCGGCAAAGACGCCUCCUGUGAACAAUUUCAGUGGCGCUCAAGCCAUGGUAAAGAAAUCAAGGAGCUCGCCGGCCACACAACGGGUUGGAAGCUGGUGCGACUGUCGGAAACGGUGAGUGAGACAGGCGGGAGUCGCUCCCAGCGAGCGAUGGGGUGUUCCAGUGAUGGGAAGGAGAUUGUGGCUGUCAUCGCCCACAAUGCAUCGUUGAGUCUGUCGAAAGGAUUCAAGUUUGCUUUUGUGGGUAGCGGGCUUACCGGCGUCUUGGGAGAAAAAUGGGAAACCAUGACUCUCAUCACUGCAGUGUAUCUCUGGCUCAUCGAGUUUCAGAUUGCGACACAUGUUAUUCCGAUUGCAUGAGCAUUGGCUAAGGGAAGCUCUGCCAGCACGGGGUUGGCUGCUUUAUCUUUUGACCUCAGAAGUAUUUCGGCAUUUUGAUAUCUGCAUACCUCUCAGUAGCUUCAUCAUCUUCCCGUUAUAUUAUCUUUGUAUUGGAUUUUGCACUGUUGUUCAGAAAUGUGGUCGGUUACUCAACUGGAUUAAUCAACCUUUGGCAUAGGUCAAUGCUGC